AUGGCUGCAGUCAUGUCUGCAAAGCGUCAUCGCGCCUUCACUAAUGACGUGGACGCUGCCAGCAGCGCAGGCCAUAACAAGCGACCACGACGGACCCCGAACGAGAGCGACGAGUCUUCUGAUGAGCAGGCAUCUGAUGCCUCGAGCGACAGCGAUGCCCCUACUGCCGAUCGUGAGCAGGUUCAGGAGCAGGAACAAAUGGCUUGGGCCACACAACAAGUCCAGAGGGACUUCCAGGCUUCUACAAAUAAGCAGAAUGUGGCGGCAGAUUCCGGGAUAAUUGAGGAGAUUCAAUGCAUAAAUUUCAUGUGUCACGAGCACUUGACAGUACCUCUGGGACCCAAUAUCAACUUCAUAAUUGGUCAUAAUGGUAGCGGCAAGAGCGCAGUGCUUACGGCUCUCACAAUCUGCUUGGGUGGAAAGGCAACGGCAACAAACCGGGCGCAAAAUCUGAAGAGCUUGAUCAAGGAAGGUAAAGACCAUUCGGUUGUGACAGUCUGGAUCAAGAACCAGGGGCCACUAGCAUAUAAGCCGUCAUUUUACGGCAAGUCUAUCGCCGUUGAACGCCACUUCAACAGAUCGGGCACUUCUGGGUUCAAGUUGAAGGAUCAAAAUGGCAAGAUCGUGUCGACAAAGAAGGCCGAGUUGGAAGACAUCCUCGAUGCAUUCUCUAUGCAACUCGACAAUCCCAUGAAUGUGCUGACCCAGGAUAUGGCACGGCAAUUUCUCAACAACUCCACCCCAAAGGACAAGUACAAAUUCUUCCUUCAGGGUACCCAACUUGAAAUUCUCAACCGGGAUUACCAGCAAAUUGAGCAGUCCUUGGAAGUGAUGAACACCAAGGCUACGAUGAAGAAUGAGGACUUGGCAGAACUUAGGACCCGCAUGGAGCAGCUGGAAAAGCAAGCCAGACUCGCACAAGGUCUGGAGAAGAUGCGUGCCAAAGAGACGGAAUUUGCUAACCAAGCAGCCUGGGCGGGCGUUCAAGAAGAAGAGGAGGAGCUCGAGAAAGCAGUUCGGGAGAUAGCACAUGUGGAGACUAUCAUCCAGGAGAGGACUGCUUCAGCAGAAAAGGCCUCGCAGGAGUUUGACCGUGCUGAACAGGCCUUGUCUGCCGCUCAGCAGACAGUUACGGACCUCACUCCAGAAAUCGCUGCUGCAAGGGAUGCAGAAGCUGAGGCAGCGGCUCUAUUAAAAGAAUCGAAAGAGAAGUUGAAGCUUCUGCAAUCGGACGAGCGGAAAGCCGGAUCCGACGUCACAUUGAAAACGCAAGCAGUAAAAAAGUGCGAAGUGGACAUUGAGCAGCGUCGCCAACGACAGGCCGAAGCAGAUAAUGGCUUGCAUGCAGAGAAAGUGCGGGAGUUUGAAAUGGCAAAGCAAGCGCAUGAGAAAGCGAGGGUCGCACAUUCGGACCAUGAUAAAGCUCUUCCAGAGUUACUUGAGAAGUUACGCGCGGCUGAAACCGACAAGGAGGUAGCCGAUCAAGAGGUCAGGAAAGCCCGCGAUGAGGAGAAGCGCGUACAAAAUAUAAUCACCAAGUUGAAAGGUGGCCAGCGAGAUUGGAUAGAUUCCUACCAGAAUCCACAGGCUCUAAGUCGGCUGCUGAAAGCGAUUACGAAUGAACGGAGCUUUCGCGAGAAGCCUGUAGGACCCUUGGGGCGCCACGUCAAACUACUCAAGCCGGAGUGGGCUUAUAUCUUGGAAAAGCAAUUUGGUCAAUCCCUGAAUGCUUUCGCCGUCACAAGCAAAGCGGAUUCCACCAUUCUAUCGCGGCUGAUGAAACAGCAUGGCUGGAGCUCGCCCAUUUUCAUUGGCAAACGAAACCCUAUUGACACUUCACGCAAUGAGCCUGAAGACCGGAAUCUGCUAACGUGGAUGAGAGCUGUCAAGAUCGAUGAUGAUCUCGUUCGUAACCAGUUCAUUAUCAAUCAGUCAAUCGAACAGACUGUCUUGAUUGAAAGUCGUACCGAAGGCUCACGGUUCAUGCAUGCACGUGGCCCAGGAGUGAGGAACGUCAAGAUGUGCUUCACUUUUGCGGACGGUGACAAACGCAAGGGUCGUGUCAUCAACUAUACAAGCAACGGGGGCAUAAACGACUCUCCAAUUGAUGAAUAUAGAUUCGCUCUGCGCAUGCAAGUCGAUCAAGAUGCUCAAAUAAGGGAGAAUGAAAUGCGAUUGGAGCAGAUUCGACGAAAGUUGCGUGAUCUUGAACAAGCAUCCGACAAGGCGCAGAAACACGUCAGGGAGUGUAAAGCUCGCGUGCAAGACCAUCAUGUGGAGAAACGACGGCUCAAAGUCGCACUCCAACGCGCCCAGGAUCUCCAAGAACGGCUUGAUGCAGAGUUGAGUGACGCUGCGCCAGAUGCAGCCGACAUCAGUGUUCUCGAGGAAUCGCUGGCUAGCGCACGAGACGAGCUACAGCGUGCUGAGGGUAUAUACGAGGAUAUGGUGGUACAAAAGCAUCAACUUAAUGAAGAAGCCAAGGAGAUGAAGAAGAAACUAGAGGAAGCACAGAGCCUUGUCGCCGAAUGUGAGUUCAGACUGAACAAGGCACAUGCGACGGUCCGGAAGUUCCAGGGCAACCGUGAAGACCAGCUGAAGCUGAAGAACAAAGCUAUAGCUCAAGUUGCUGCCGCCGAAGAGAAUAAGAAGAUCUGGGAGAAGGAAAGGGAUGCAAUGCAAUUGAAGGUUGAAGAAGCGAUCAACAUGGCGGAGAAGGUUUGCCCGCAACGAGUGCGCGUUCCCGAAGGCGCGACGUCGGAGGCGCUGGCAGAGACGCUGUCCAGACUGGUGGCAUCACGACGAAAUCAGGAGAAGCAGCUUGGCGGAUCGCAAGACGAGCUUCUGCGGAAAGCGAACGAAGCCAAGCGGAUUCACAAGGAUGCGAUGAAGGAAAUCCAGGAGAUUGAGAGUCUACGCAAUCAUCUCAUCAACACGCUGAAUACUCGACGGCGGCGGUGGAAGCAGUUUCGCUCCGGCAUCUCUGUUCGAGCACGGGUCACGUUCAACUAUCUCCUGAGUGAACGGAAGUUCCGAGGUACACUGAAUAUCGACCACAACAAGUAUCUGCUGGAUAUCCACGUCCAGCCUGACAUCAUGGAGCGCAGUGGAGACGGACGGCAAACCAAGACGCUGUCUGGUGGCGAGAAGUCGUACUCGACCGUCUGCUUCUUGUUGUCCCUUUGGGAGGCCAUGGGCUCGCCGAUUCGCUGCCUGGACGAGUUUGACGUGUUCAUGGACAGCGUGAAUCGCGACCGGAGUAUGAAUAUGAUUAUCCAGAUGGCCGGUCGUUCGAUUGGCCGACAGUUCAUCUUCAUCACGCCACAGUCGAUGAACAAUGUGAAGCAGAGUGCGAGUGUCAAGAUUAUCAAGCUGAGUGAUCCAGAGCGAGGCCAGACGGGUUUGCCUGUUCGAAGAAAUUGA